CGAUCGUGUUCACUGUUCCAUUUUUAUUAACAAUUUUAAUAACUCUUUUCGCUCUUUUAAUGUUAUUUUAAUUUUUAUUCAACUAUUUAAUCAUUCAUAAUCUUAUCUUAUUGGUUUCCUUAUAUCUAUACAUUUAUCAUAGAUAGUGAUCAAAAAACAUUUUUCCAACGAAACUAUUUUUCAGACGAAUUAUGAAAAAUAUAAUCUAAUUAACCAUAAUGAAUUCUGCAAGUGUUGUUAUCUAGUGUGCUGGUGACGGUGUGUUAUCGAUUUCGGAACAAUGACGAAGAAGAUAAAACAUUGGAUCGUAGUUGAAAAUAUUAUAAAUAACAUAAAAUGUAAGUCUUGUAUCUUAUCAUUUUUUCAUAUUUGAAGAAGUUAGCAAAGUAAUAUUCAUAAUGCCAGCUAUUCCUAGACCAGGUAGUCUUAAAGACCCAGAAAUAGCUGAACUUUUUGAUAAAGAUGAUCCAGAUAAAAUAUUUGAAGAUUUACGAGAAAUUGGUCAUGGAAGUUUUGGUGCUGUGUAUUAUGCCAGAUGUUCACUUACAAAAGAAAUUGUGGCCAUAAAAAAAAUGUCUUACCUAGGGAAACAAAGCAUGGAAAAAUGGCAGGAUAUAUUAAAAGAAAUAAGAUUUUUAAGACAUUUAAAUCAUCCAAAUACUAUUGAAUACAAAGGAUGCUUUUUACGAGAUCAUACUGCAUGGUUGGUAAUGGAGUAUUGUUUAGGUUCAGCGUCAGAUAUAAUAGAAGUACAUAAAAGGCCACUUAUGGAAGAAGAAAUUUCUGCUAUUUGUGACGGGGUAUUAAAAGGACUUAAUUAUCUUCAUUCACUUGGUCGUAUACAUCGAGAUGUUAAAGCAGGCAAUAUUCUUCUUACAGAAAAUGGAACUGUUAAACUUGCUGAUUUUGGUUCUGCAAGUACAAAAUGUCCAGCCAACAGUUUUGUUGGUACACCUUAUUGGAUGGCUCCUGAAGUUAUAUUAGCUAUGGAUGAAGGUCAAUAUGAUGGCAAAGUAGAUGUAUGGUCUUUGGGUAUUACAUGUAUAGAAUUAGCUGAAAGAAAACCACCAUACUUCAAUAUGAAUGCAAUGAGUGCUCUUUAUCAUAUAGCUCAAAAUGAUACUCCAACUCUUCAAUCUUCUGAAUGGAGUAACACAUUUUGUCAUUUUGUUGAGUUAUGUCUUCAAAAAAAUCCAUCUGAACGUCCAUCUUCUACCAAGCUUCUGACACAUCAAUUGUUAGUUCGUCCAAGAUCACCCCAUGUUCUUAUUGAUCUAAUUCAACGAACUAAAGCUGCUGUAAGAGAUUUGGAUAACCUGAACUAUAGAAAAAUGAAGAAAAUUCUGAUGGUUGACUCAUAUGAGACUGAGAGCACUGUAGGUGAUACUGAUGACACGGCUGAUGAACACACAGGAGGUGAAAGCAGUAAAAGUAAUAGUAUUACUUCAGAACAUUCAAUUCAAUCAAUUGGUAUCAGUGCUUCAUCACAUAGUAGUUCCACUAAUAGUACGCCAAACAUGAACGAAAUCACUAAUAUGAGCACUAAUGAUCAUUAUCCAACAGCUAGGAAUCGUCACAAACAAUCAAGUAAUAAUUCCAUUGUAUCAAAUGAACACAUACCACUUGGAGCACCUAAUAAUUUUGCAACUAUUCGAACAACUUCUAUUGUUACUAAACAACAAAAAGAACAUAUGCAAGAAGAAAUGCACGAACAGAUGUCAGGCUACAAAAGAAUGAGAAGAGAACACCAAGGAGCAUUAAUAAAACUUGAAGAUAGAUGCAAGUUAGAAAUGGAAAGCCACAAACAGUUAUUAGACAAAGAAUAUGAAACAUUAUUGCAACAAUUCAGUAAAGAACUUGAAAAAAUACAAAUUAAACAUCAGCAAGAAUUAGAAAAAAAGAUGAAACAAAACAGUGCAGCUGAAAAAAAAAUAAUGAAAGAAAUAACAAAUAGACAAGAAGCUGAUCGUAAAGCAUUUGAUGCUCAAAGAAAGAAAGAUUAUAAGACUAAUAAAGAACGUUGGAAACGUGAACUUUCUUUAGACGAGUCAACACCAAAACGACAAAAAGAUGCUGUUUUACAGACUCAAAAAGAAAAUCUCAAACAAAUUGAGGCUCAAGAGGAACACAGACUUAUAAGAGGUCAAAAAGACUACUUGGAACUUGAAAUACGUAAAUUUCGUAGAAAAAGACUUAACCAGUUUCAUUUAUUUGAACAAGGAUUGUUAAGAGAAGAACUUAGUAAAAGGCAACAUCAAUUAGAAACUGCUCAUUCAAUGUUACUACGACAUCAUGAAGAUACAAGAAAUUUAGAAACCAGACAACAAAGAGCAGUCCAUGCCUUACGUGCUGACCAAGUUACCAGACAACAUGAAACUGAAUUGCAACACCAACAUGACUAUUCAGCUCGUGCUCAUCGAGAUUUACGAAAAAGGCAUGCUAUGCAAUUGCGACAACAACCUAAAAGUCUCAAACAAAAAGAAAUGCAAAUUCGAAAACAAUUUCGAGAAACUUGUAAAACGCAAACUCGACAGUACAAAGUACUGAAAGCUCAAGUUUUAGCGACUACCACCAAAGAUGAACAAAAAACUGUCAUUAAAAAGAUGAAAGAAGAACAACGACGAAAGUUAGCUUUAUUAGGAGAACAAUAUGAACAAAGUAUUUCAGAAAUGUUGCAAAAACAAUCUAUUCGCUUAGAUGAAUCACAAGAAGUAGAAUGUCAUGUACUCAAAGAACGUUUGAGAUAUGAAUUAGAAAUACUAAUUGCAUAUCAAUCAAAAAAUAAAAUGCAGGCAGAUGCACAGAGAAAUCGUGAAAAAAAAGAACUUGAAGAUCGAAUUUCAGUACGAAGAUCUUUAUUGGAACAAAAAAUGGAAAUGGAGACUGCUCAAUUUCUUCAAGAAAGAGCUGAACGCAUUCGUCUUCUAAGAGAAAGGCAAGAACAUGAGUUAGAACAGUUUGAUGAAGAAUCUACACGACUUGGUUUUAGUGCCCUUGCAAUAGCUGAAGCUUCGUCAUUAGAAGAAGAUAGUUUAUCAGGCAGUAUAUUAAGCUUAGCGCGUAGCAAUAGUACCAAUUCUUUUCCAGAUGGAAAUCUAUAGCCAAAAUGGUAUUUUUAUUAUUUGUUACUCCUAGCCAUUUUAACAGCUUUUAAUGUACACAUAUCAAUGAUAGACAAAUUUUUGUUGUAUUUAAAUUUUGUUCUACUUAAUUUUUUAUCCUAUAUUAGAAUUCCUAAUUAAUUAACUGAAUAUAAUUAACAUCAUACUAGAAAACAAAUUAACAAGUAUAGUAUUGUACUAUAUCAUAACAAAAUAUUUGUUUGAUUACUAUUUAUGAAUUAUUAUUACCAUCCCUACUAUAUAAUCCUUAAUACAUUUUAUAGACUAUGUUAAUUUUGUAUUAAUUAAUCAU